CCUUUGUCUGACAGGUAAAUUAUAAAGUGACUUGCGUGUCAACUGAACUCACGGUUUAAGGCAAUAUCUACAACGUCUCUGGGAUAAGCGAUUUCAAUCUAUCGGAUCUUUCAAGGCACAAAGUGUCUACCUUCAGUUUCAGGUUUGUGUGAAGUGAUGGAUGUCAGUUAUCCCUGUGUUCUGCUACUGGUGAUAUCUGCUUCAACAGGAUCAGCGGUCUCUUCACCAAGUUCGUCUUCUGAAACAACGUCAUCGGGUCCUUCUGCAACUUCCGUUAUCACUACCGGUUCAUCAACAGCAUCUACAAAUGUGGACCUUUCACCAAGUUCAUCUUUUGAAACAACCGCGAUAUCUGUUCCUCCUUCAGAUUCCACUUUGCUUACUGAACAAUUAUCAACUGCAACAGUCCUGGGAGUAACGCCAAGGUCAUCAUUUGAAACAUUAAACAUAAUCCCUUCUGCACCAACAUCGCAACUACUAACGUCAUCUACGUCUUUUCCGACAUCAGCAACACGUAAUCCAGAAACUACCAACCAACCACAGACAGUUUCUACUGUAAAACCAAAUAUUGAAAGAGCAAUGUUCAAAUUAACAUUCGAUGUAACGGUAAACCUAACAUUCAAUACGGACCUAGAAGACAAGACAACGACAAUGUUUAAGCAAUACGAACGUGAAUUUAAAGCAAAGUUGACAGAAGUGUAUCUUAACAUUCCUGGCUUUGUGUAUGUGGAAAUAAUCGGUUUCAAAAACGGCUCCAUUAAGUGCAAUCACACAUGCCGCGUAAACGUGACAGCUGCAUCUGCUGAAGUGAAGGCUGCCUUAAAUGGCCAGGGAAAUGUCACAACAGAGAUGAAAAACAAGCGAUUCUUUAACAGAAACAUCAAACAGCCAUUCAGUGUCAACAUUACGGAAGUGGAGGAGUCCCUCGUCAUUUGCAAGGCGGAAGGAAUAUGCCCAAAGGGCUUUAAAUGUUCCGGAAGUACAGUUAAAGACGUGCGAUGUGACUCGCCAUGCACUCGUGAUUACUGUAAUACAGGGUGGUGCUAUGUGGACUUGGAUGGGCAACCUCAUUGCAGAUGCAAAAAGAUACCGGAAAAGGUUGUAUACUCUGGGGACAGAUGUGAAGAGGAGACAGACGUGCUGAUGAUGGACAAGGGCGCCAUCGCCGGCAUAUCUGGUGGGGUAGGAGGAGGGGUGAUUGUGUUACUUGCCAUCGCCCUCGGGUGCAUGUGUUACAAAAGGAAGGUCCAGACACAAGACAAGUACGGCUACAGCGGAAGUAAAAGUGGAUUCAGGGAGGCUGACAUCUACCUGACUGCCCGGAGCGGGCGGGAUGAAGAAGGGCGAACUGGGAAUAUUAACUAUGCUGUCGACAUCAAGGACAGAUACAGCGGUCGAUCUGACAGGGGGCCCGGGUACGGGGAGUGGUGGGGUGACCAAUCAGGACGCGAGUCAAACACAAGAAGCAGAGCAGACGACUUCCAGCAGCCAAGAUACGUGGACAACGUUAGUAGUGGCUACCAAGGUUACAACAGACGAGACGAGUGGGACCAGAUGCAUCCCGCCGAUCUGUACAAUCAAGGCCUGUCCAGACGGUCAUCUGGCCUUGGGACUUCCCACUACAACAUACCCGAGGACAUGGCGCCUGAUUAUGACCAUGAUGUCAGACGCCAGACGAGGACAGACGGCCACAUGUGCAGCCACGCCAUUCCUGGAGGUCAGGGCAACUACAGCCAUCUGACCACUGGUCAGUCAUCCAGAUCACAGCCCAGCCUGCUGACGAAGGGCUACAGAAGAGGAGAUGAUGUGUACAGCCACAUUGACAUCAACGAGAAGAGUUGUGGAACUGCCUGCAUUCAAGCAUUGGUCAGGAAGCAGGUCUACAUCUUAUGA